AUGCGCGCCAGCCGUGUCAUCCAACUUUCGGAGAUCGUUCCCCAUGCAGGCGGGGUUGAGUGCCUGCUUCUUGAAAUGCGCGAUGAGGAGCGAUGUCACCAGAGAUGUUACAUAAAAACUUGGGAUCAGCGCGGUCGCCGGCUGGAUUGUUAA